AUGAGCCUGCAGCCGCUUCACCGAGAGGCCCGGCGUCCGUGCGGGAUGAUGAAUCCAUCGAGGACAUACUCAACAGUGGUUGCACCAGCACUGCAGCAGUAUGCAUACAAAAAUGUCGACCUCUUCCUUGCGCGGCUUUUGCAGCUAUACAACACCAGCGGAGUCCGAGGGGGAGUUUUUCAGCAUCGGGUCAGCUGUUGUAGAAGUACAGCUUGUAACUGUCAGUUGUUGCAGGGGGGGCACCUUGCGUGGAGUUCCUCAACCGUUGUAAAUUCAUCACCAGGAGAACAAGCAGGAUUCACUACUAGAACAACGAGGGGUUUCUCCUCCGCGGCUGUCGAAGUUGUUGUACCCCCAGAGGGAAUAGCCACUCCUGCGGCAGCAGCGAAAGGCCCAAGGACGAG